AUGUUAAAGUUCCAAACUGUCACCAAGGAAGACCUGAAGCUCGCUGCUUCUAUCCAGCGCCGAAGGCAGAUAGAAGAAGAGAGAAAGCAACGUAUAUUCAAUCCUCGAUUCAGGAAAAUCGGGAUAGACAAGGAAUUUUUGGAUAAACAGGUCGCAGAGAAGAAGCAGCAACGCGAAUUGGAACAGGCUAAAGAAUCCGAGUUUGACGAGAAUUUGAUUCGCAGCAGUAAACUCGCCUUGCAUCUCGAAAAACAACAAGAAGAGGAGAGGCGACAGAGGAACGUCGAGAUUGAAAAUUUUCGACGACACUACCAGCGAACGGAGGAUCGACGAGAUUACGAUCUAUACGAUCCGAAUACUCUAAAAAAAUUCGAGGGCGAGGAAGGCGACUCGAAGGAACGCUCAAAGGCGAAAAAGGAGCAAAUGAGAUGGUGGAUAGAAAAGCAAAAGGACGAACGUACGAUGGCGGAGAGAGAUCGGCAGGAAGCCGAGAAAGCGUACCAGGAAGCCGUCAUCUCCAGGGACAAGCGUGCCAUGACGUUAGAUCGAAUGGAGCGAGAAUGCCGUCGAAGGUUGAACGAGGCUACCGCAACAUUCAAUCGAGCCCUGGCAGAGGAACAGGAACGAUACCGCCAUUGCGAAGCCCUUCGAGACGAGGAGGACAAGAAAGCGGAAAUCUACAAUCACGUGACUGGUGACUUCCUCAUGGAAGCCAAAGAGCAGGCCGAGAGCACUCGUGGACCGCACAAGCCGUUGGCCUCGCGCUACAAGGGCAUGUCCGCGGACGAGCUUAAGAUUUUCAGGGAUGCGCAAGCACGUCAGAUGAAAGAAAUCGAGAACAUUAAAUUAGAAGAGAAGCAAAUGAACGAAGAAUGGGACCGACUGAUGAAUUUCCAUGCGCAUAUCGCGAACGAGCAUCAGCGAGAGAUUGAUCGAAAGAGGGCGGAUGUUAAGAAGAAGAUAGCCGAAGAAAAUUUGCAGCUCGCGGAACAACACAAGUCCCAUCAGGAGUAUCUGAAUAGAACUCUUUACAAAAACAAACCGACUGCCGCCUUUUUUGAACAAUUUAAUAGAGAUGCUCGAUGA